CCGACAUAAAUACAUAUCGUCUAUAUAUACCAACCCGUUCGUGUAGCCGCACGUCAGCGAUUUUUCUGCUUUUGAUUAGUCGUGUCGUGAUUCAGCACAGUUCGGUUUUUUAAUUCUUGCAUAAUCCGAGCUGUCGCACAGUCUGUCGCCAACUAUUCGUCCAUCGAGGCUUCGACGAUCGAGAGAAAAUUCGCAAAAUGACGAUCAAGGCGGUCUGUGUCCUUCAAGGCGAACCUGUUAAGGGAACGGUGUUCUUCGAACAAGCGGAGGGUUCAAAUACAGUGAAGGUGACUGGAGAAGUUUCCGGCUUGCAGAAGGGUUUACACGGAUUUCAUGUUCAUGAAUUUGGCGAUAACACUAAUGGUUGUACAAGUGCAGGGGCUCAUUUCAAUCCAUUGGGAAAAGAACACGGUGGUCCGACCCACGCUGAGCGCCACGUUGGAGAUUUAGGAAACGUGGAGGCUGGUGCUGAUGGUGUCGCGAAGGUCAACAUCACCGAUUCCAAGAUUCAGCUUAGCGGUCCGCACAGUGUCGUCGGACGAACUGUCGUGGUUCAUGCUGAUCCUGAUGAUUUGGGACAGGGCGGCCACGAGCUCUCGAAAACGACCGGCAAUGCUGGAGCUCGUCUCGCUUGCGGCGUUAUCGGCAUCACGAAGUAAAAGUGGGUCGAACGUGAUUUGUGCGAAAAAAAGAAGAUGAAUAGAGGUCUCUAUUAAAGAUAUGUUAUUUUUUUUUAUUUUGCUAUGGUGUAUUUAGCCAUUAUUAUGCAUUAUUUUUUUCUUUUUUCUUCGUUAUAUCAAACACAAUAGAAGUUAUCAGUUCUUCCUAAAAAUAUAAACUAACAAAGCGUUGAGCUUCAACCUAUGCAUGUUAUUUGUUAUACAUUAAAUAAGAUAAUACAAAUGUAGAACACAUUCCUUCGCAAUAUAUAAAUGUUUAUAAAUAUA